AUGGCUACAUCCUCCAACACCCUCGGCCCCGGCCCCCGCUACGGCCUAGGGCGCACCGCAGCACCCUCACAACCCGCCGCACAACCCGCCUUCAGCAGCACACCCGCCUACGCCCCCAACCCCAAAAACGCCCAACGCCUCGAGUCCGACCGCCUCGAACGCGAGCGCGCCGCCCGCGAAACCGCCCAGCGCAUGGAAGCCUCUGGCGCGGCCUCGCUCGCCGAGCUAACCGAGGAGCAACGAGAAGAAAUCGGCGAAGCCUUCAACCUGUUCGAUCUCGACAAGGACGGCUACAUCGACUACCACGAGCUCAAGGUCGCCAUGAAAGCCCUCGGCUUCGACCUCCCCAAGCAGGAAAUACUAGCCAUUCUCCAACAACACGGCUCGCCUGUGCCUUCAUCAUCUGGCCAGAACUCGAAGCAGCCAUCGCGACAGCAACAGCAAUAUCCGGGUUCCGGUCGCCAAUUGCUUAGUUUCCAGGCGUUUCAAACGCUCAUGGCACAAAGGAUACUCAGUCGCGACCCUAGAGACGAGAUUCUGAGGGCCUUUGAAUUGUUUGAUGAGGGCGGGAAGGGCACCAUUACGCUGCAGGAUCUCACGCGCGUGGCUAGAGAGUUGGGCGAGGCCCUCUCGCACGAUGAGUUGGUGGCUAUGAUUGAGGAGUUUGAUAUGGAUAACGAUAAUGCUAUAAGCAGGGAAGAGUUUAUUCAAAUCUGUAUGGGCACUUAA